UGUCACCAGCUCUCCCUCUCUCUCUCUCGCGCGCGCGCCGCGGAGGGCAUAAUGGUGAUAGCUCAGAGGACGGAGUCCGAGAUCAUGGAGCAGGACCCGCCGCUGCUUGUGCGCUUGCGGUACGGGUGCUGGACUGCUGGUUCGAUUUGGGGCUGAUUCCGACAUCGUUAGUCUCGUCUCUCGUGUGUCGGAUAGUUUGUUUCUUUUCGAGUCUUUUGGGGCGCGCGGAUUUGUUGCUGCUCUUAGGAUUUGACCAAAUUCGCUUGCUGUUUUGGGCGUGUAAGGAAGAUUGGAUUUAGUAUUGUUCGAGUGUCUGUUCAAACGCGGCGUUUCGCUAUUACCUGUGGAUUUGAUGGUUUUUCCCUCCGUUUUCCUUCAUGCUACUUGCUUCCUCGAUUUCAUUUGCUGCUUUAAACUUUGAAGCAUUGAAUCUACUUUUGGGAGACUUCCCUCGUCGAUUCUCUCAAUUUACCGCGAAAUUCUCCCGGUUUCUGGCUUGGUCUCUCCGAUUUGAAAAUUGGGGCAGUGAUUCAACUUAUCACAUCUCUUUGCUUUUAUACUUCUCUGGCUGUUUAAUCGGCAAGUUGUACAGUCGUUAGGUUGUUUGGCAAUUCCGCAGCUAGAAGCUGAAUGAUGCUUCUGGUUUUUGAGCUUAGAUUUGAUCGGCUGGAAGUGUAGAUACAUACGUCUGAAGUCGAUCAAAUUGGUGAUGGUUUCAUACGACAUUGAUUCUGAAACAUUUUGAUACAGUUUAGUCUUGUUUCCUACUCCCUCCGUUUCAUAAUUCUUGUCUCAAAUUUGCCCAAAUAUGGAUGCAUCUAUUCCUAAAAAGAGUCUAGAUACAUGUAAUAUUUCGACAAGAAUUAUGGAACGGAGGGAGUAUUUAAUUCUGAAGUUUUCGUAGCAGCCGAUUUUUUAUCCUUAACUCCAUAUCGCUUUCAAAAUGCUCUGUUGUACAUUAAUGCUUAUUUGCUUGCUUACAUCUAAAUCUGCUCCGAACAGCAUCACAGACUUCCUGUCAUGAGAUUGAGUUGGUCUGUACGAAUUCCCAAUGGUUUAGGAACAAGGGAUUUGCUUCACAUCGCUAUAUACCAUAUCUGUUACAUCAGAGGCCUAUUCCCUGAGAAGUACUUCAAUGAUAAGUCUAUUCCGGCAUUAGGUCAGGACCAAGCCAAUAUGAAGAUUAAGAAGCUAAUGCCCAUGGAUGCUAACUCCAGAAGGUUGAUUGAUUGGAUGGAGAAAGGUGUCUAUGAUGCCUUACAAAAGAAGUAUCUCAAGACCCUUCUCUUCUGUAUAUGUGAGGAGGAAGGCCCAAUGAUCGAGGAGUAUGCCUUCUCAUUUAGCUACCCCAACUCGAAUGGUGAGGAAGUUGUAAUGAUCCUGAGUCUCACAGGGAAUGAGAAGACUACUGCUACAUUCAAGUCAAAUGCAGCAGAAGUCAGUUCUGAUAAGAUGAGGAGCUCUGCUUGUAAGAUGGUCAGAAUGCUGGUUUCACUUAUGAGGACCUUGGACCAAAUGCCAGAUGAGAGGAUCAUUGUAAUGAAGCUGCUAUACUACGAUGAUGUCACACCUGAGGAUUACGAGCCUCCCUUUCUUAAGGGUUGUGCUGAUAAUGAGCCUGUUUAUAAAUGGAAUGAGAACCCCUUGAAGAUGGUAGUGGGAAAUGUCAAUAGCAAGCAUCUUGUUUUAGCUUUGAAGGUUAAAAGUAAUGUUGAUCUAUGUGAAGUUAAAAAUGUUAACAGUGAAGAUGACAACAUGAGCUUGGGUAACGAGUCUGACCCAGAUAGUUACUUUUCUGACACAGAGGUUCGCCCAUCUGAAGUGGACUGUUACAUUUUUGCUUCUAAUGAUGGAGAUGGAAAAGGUUGAAGUGGCACAAUUUUGGAAGCUCAAGUAAGAGAGUGGAUAUGCUCAAGAGACAUUGGAACUGUUAAUGCUUCAGAUGUUAUUUCUAAUUUCCGUGGCAUAUCAAUGGAAAUGGUGGAAGAUAUUAUGGAGAGGCUACUUAAAGAUGAUAUACGAUCCAGGGCAAGCAAGGAUGUUUAUGCUGUUAACAAGAUUACUGAUCCCAAAACUCCACAUAUGAAUAAAGAUGACAUCAUGCAAAAUGUUUCACA